AGUCUGGAUAAAUAAAUAAAAAAAUAAGAAUUUGGAGAGAAUUGAAAAUACUCUUAGUUUUUAAAUUAUUUAAUUUUAGGUAAUAACGGAACUUUGCAGAAGUCUAAAAUGUAACUUUUCCCAACAAAUAUAAAAAUAUGUAUAAAUGACAAACCAUAAUACCUUCAUGUUUGUAUCCAAAACUGUGAUGUAUUGAGUAGAAGACAUUAAUUUAGACUUUUUUUAACAUAUCUAAUUAUUCUUUAGUGAAAACGAGAAUAGUUUGGAUAGUUGAUGUAUAAUGUAUUAUUAAAGGAUCGGCACCAUGGAGAUGUGUAGGUUAUGCUUAGUUACUGAUAACCCUUUAAUGGAGUUUGAUGAUUGUUUUGUAACGAACUACAACUUGCUUACCCAUUUAAAUGUUACAUUACAUGAUGAUCUGCCACAAUAUAGUUGCCAAAAUUGUGCUGAAGCAGUAAAUUUUUUUAUAGAAUUUAAAAGGAAAUGUAAUGAAUCAGAAAAUUAUCUCAGAGAACAAGGAAGGAAAAUAAAACUUGAAGAAAGUAUAACACUAGCUGUAGAUGAUGAAUUAAAUAUUUGUAAUACGAUUAAAUCAGAAUAUGACAGUGACGCAGCUGAGGACAGUGAAUAUUUUAAUAAUGAUGAAAAUUUCAUACUGGAAACAUCGGAUACGCAAAUGGUAGAUGAGUUUUGCAUUAAAAAUGAGGAAUUUGAAGAAGAUAAAAGGACUCUCAUCAAGAAGCGAAGGAUAAAAAAAAGGAGUUGUAAUAUUAAAUCAAAAGUAAAUGAAGGUCAAGUUACCAAUAAAAAAUCCCUCUGCAACAAUAAUAAAAAAAUAAUUGAAGUACCUGAAGAAACAGCUUUACUUUGUGGUAUCUGCAGGCAAAAGUUUGAAGAAGCAAGCACCUUGAAGACCCAUCUAGAGACUCACAAAACAAAUAAACAUUGUGAAUUGUGUGAUGAAAAGGUUUGGUCAUGGCCUAGGCUGUUUAGUCAUCGCUUGGAACAUUUGCCGAGUAAACAAAAAAAAUGCCAUAUAUGUGAUCGCCGUAUUGCAUCGUCAAGAAAUUUAGAAUAUCAUUAUCUAAAGCACCAUAACGAAGGACAGGAAAAGCUUUUAAAAUGUACCCAAUGUGAAAGUGCUUUCGGUAAUCCAAGAAAAUUGUCACGACACGUCCGUUAUGCCCAUUCCGAAUUGAAAUUUGUGUGUGACUACUGUUCUAAAGCUUACAGUAUGAAAUGUAAUUUGAUCAGGCACAUAGUCUUCCACAGUACAGUCAAGAGUUUUACAUGCGAAUUGUGUGCAUUUGCGUGUAAAUCUCGUAUGGGUCUAAAGAAUCAUGUACUGUAUAAACACACUCCAAAUAGAGUCAUAUGUAAACAGUGCUCUAGAAUUUUUGCUAACCAAGAAAAGUGUGAUCGACAUACAUGUAAAUUGAAGGUAAAGAUUUGUCCUGUGUGUGGCAUGCAGCUGGGUCCUAAGAUGUCGCUUCCAAGACAUAUGCAGACUCACAAUAAAGUCGCUGCGUUCAAAUGCGAGCUUUGCCCCGCCGUAUACAAAAGGAAGCCGGGCUUGUUGACGCAUAUGAAGAAACAUAAUGGCAUCCGUGACAAGAAAUGCGAAUUUUGUCCAGCCAAAUUCUUACAUUCCAGUGUAUUGACCAAGCAUAGACGAAUUCAUACAGGGGAGAAACCAUACGUAUGUAAGGUAUGCAGUAAAAGUUUUACCGGGAAUAAUAAUUUGAAAGUCCACAUGCGGGUCCAUGGAGAGUUCAUAAUAAAUAAGAAGAACAAGGAUGAUAACGACUCUACCUAAGAAUAGUUUGUUAUAAUCUAUUCCGAAAGCAGGAGAAAAUAGACAAUGACACGACAGAUGUUAAAAAGAACGAGCUUAACAAAAAUCUCUUUUUAAAUUUUUACAGAGGUCUAUGGAUAGCGAUACAUAUCGUUUUCUCUCGACGCUCACUGUUAUAUAUGUUUCAAUGUCCGUUUUCUCUCUUGCUCUGAACCAAACUAUAGAUAAAGAAUUAUUUGUAUAUUUUCUCAAAUGUUGUUAAAUAUGGCGUAUUAAUUGGAAAUAAAUAAAAGAAUUAUCUUUUGAACUUUU